AUGUAUGCAUGCAAGUUUUAUAUUAAAAUACCAAGAAAGAACAAGAAUUACUUCAUCACAUCCAGGAGGCUGACACAAGUGAGAUGGAGUCGCUACAACGCCCAAUAUCUAGAGCCAGAAGUAAACAGGGAAUUGCUUCAGAAGUCCUGGGAUGAGCUGUCCGAGGAGGAAAAGGCAGAACAGGAGCUUAAGGCUGUUCGACCCAUAAAAGCUGCUCCUUCCAAUGUCACCAGUUCUGUAUUCAGCGACCCUAUGAUCAGUAAAUUCACCAACAUGAUGAUGAGGGACGGAAAUAAAGUGCUGGCCAGAAGCCUUAUGGCACAGACCCUAGAGGCCAUUAAAAGGAAGCAGUUGGAGAAGUACCACCAGGCUCCAGAGCACGAGAAGGACAAGAUUGAAUGCAACCCGUAUGUCAUUUUCCACGAGGCUUUGAAAAACUGUCAGCCUGUCAUAGGGCUCUGCAGCAUCACAAGAGGAGGCAAAACCUACCAGGUGCCCGUCCCCCUGACGGACAACAGGAAGCGCUUCCUGGCCAUGAAGUGGCUGAUCACGGAGUGCAGGGAGAACAAGCACCGCCGCACGCUCAUGCCCGAGAAGCUCUCGCAGGAGCUGCUCCAGGCCUUCCACAACGAAGGGGCCAUCAUCAAGAAGAAGCACGUGCUGCACAAGAUGGCCGAGUCCAACCGGGCGUACGCCCAUUUCCGCUGGUGGUAG